UCAGGACAGUUCAAUGAGGACAUGAUCCCCACCGUGGGUUUCAACAUGCGCAAAAUCACCAAAGGGAACGUGACCAUCAAGCUCUGGGAUAUUGGGGGACAGCCCCGUUUCCGAAGCAUGUGGGAGCGUUACUGCCGAGGAGUGAGUGCCAUCGUGUACAUGGUGGAUGCUGCUGACCAGGAGAAGAUAGAAGCCUCCAAGAAUGAGCUCCACAACCUGCUGGACAAGCCACAGUUGCAGGGCAUCCCGGUCUUAGUCCUGGGGAACAAGCGAGACCUCCCAGGAGCACUGGAUGAGAAGGAGCUGAUUGAGAAAAUGAAUCUGUCCGCCAUCCAGGAUCGAGAGAUCUGCUGCUACUCCAUCUCCUGCAAAGAGAAGGAUAACAUUGACAUCACCCUACAGUGGCUUAUUCAACACUCAAAGUCACGGAGAAGCUGAGACUGCAGCCCUUCUCCCUCGGACCAGGGACUGCCGUCACCUAAACCUAAAGCCAAGCUCCCGCCCACCCUGUCAUCCCCCACCCCCAAGCCCACCCCUCCUCUCUCAGUGUGGGGAGGGGCCUCUGGGGCUCCCAGAGUCCUGUUCUGCUGAGGUUUGAACUCCUGUUUUUAUUGUAAAAUAAAUUGCCCCCCAUCUGGUCCCCUAACCUCUCCCCCCACCCUUCUCUCUUUGUCCCUUCACCUAGCCCUGUCUCCCUCUUCUUCCAACAGCCGUGGCCCCACAGCCCCCGCUCCCCACCCCCUGCCCUCCUCUGGCCUACCCCCUACUUCCCUUUUCAACACUGUUAUUGUCCUGUGUGUACAGUAUAUAUAUGUAUAUAUAUUUUAAUUUUUUAAUUUAAGCAAAGACUAAAAUCAACCAUUUGAUGCUGCAGGGGCCAUUUGGGGAUCUAGGAGGGGGCAAUCUGGAAAGAAAAGGAAAGAGGCAGAGUUGGCUGGGGGCAAGUUCACAUCUGGAAAGGUGGAGGUUGGCACCUGGGGCCGGUAACAGCCUGGGCACUGGUGGCCACCCUCCCCCCAUGUCCCUUGUGUUUCCGCCUCAUAGUCUGGCUUGUCUGUGCACGGCUUGAAUAUCACAGGCUGGCAGGAGCCUCUAAAGGCACCUCCUCUCUGUCCCCAGCCAUGGUAGAGCCACCAGGCAUAACCAGAUGCCAGAGACCACCAGGCCUAAGGGGCAAGAAGCCAGUGUCCAUGAUGCCCCCUCCCCUCUGCCUGCCUGUUCCUGGCCUCUGGGUCCUACCCCUACCCAGGGCCACCUCCAUGACCCACCUCAUUUUCUGUUCUCGUUUUGCAGAGUUGCACAAGGAGAGAACUCAGCAUGGGGGGUUGGUUCUUUGGGUUUUGUUUUUUGUUUAUUUGUUUAAUUUAAUGAUUUGUAAAGUGAUGUUCCUCUUCCUUUUUUACACUUUUCAGCUCAUAUUUAACCUCCAUUUGGAAAAUGAUUCUUGUAACUACAUUUUUUUUGCCUCCUAAUAACAAGAACAAUAAAUUACCAAUUUUGUGUUGGG